UUGAUUAGAGUGGUAGAGUGGAAACGCAAUGGCCGAAAAUGGGAAUCGAGGAGGUGGUGGGUUCGAGUCCGAGUUGAGCCGCGCCGAGGUGCUUCUGGGCUUAGCUCAAAGUGCCGGGGAACAAACAGAGGAGACACUGAAGGAGCUCGACGAACAAGAGAUCUUUUGGGGGGACAAAGAAGAUGAACAAAAUGGCUUUGAAUCCGAUUUGUUUGGCAUUGUAGAGUCGAGAAGUAAGAAUUGUAAGGGAAAAUCUAGUUGGAGUAAUAUAUUUCCACAUGGAGGAAAGAGAUCGGGAGAAUUGGAUGCAUAUCAGAGUUAUGAAUCAACGCCUGUGAAUGUUCCUCAUUGGCCACAAAGCAAAAUCUCAGAGGAUUUCUUAGACGAGGAUGAUGAAAUGAUCGUGAGGCCUCCUCACGAGCUCGUUGCUCUCUCUAAUAACAAUAGUAGGAGUUUUUCUGUUGUUGAAGGAUAUGGUCGGACUCUCAAAGGAAGAGAUCUCACAAGGCUACGCGACGCCGUUUUUCGGCGGACUGGUCUUUUACAGUAAGUUAGUCGGAUGGAUAAACAAAACGGGCAAUGUUUUACCAAAUGUACAAGUUUUUAUUUGCUUCUUCCAAGUUGUUGGAAACGGCAAG